GGGAAUACCCCUUGCUUGAUCGUUAUUCGAGACCCAAAAAGAUUUUGGAGGGUGGAGGUUCGCCCUUGACCCCAUCCUUCGUUUUAUAGUAUCCAGAUCGUUUAUCUACAUCCCUUCUGUGUUCAAUCAGCUUCUUCCUACCAACUAUAGAGAACCGCGGCGUUAGAAUGUCACAUCACCACCACCACCACCACCACCAUGGCCAUGGCCAUGGUGGCCACGAUCAUGAUCAUGACCAUAGCGAUGACUUGACCCCCGCGUUCCAGUCGCUUUUAUAUAAGCAGAUCGAUUUCGAUGGAAUUGUCACGCUGAACGAAUCCGAGCCAAAGGCUGGCACUGCCAUCGUCAAGAAAACAUGGGCUCAGCGUUUAGACGAUAGCCCCGAGCUGGAAAGCGAUGUGGAUGAGCAGAUGCUGAUGUAUAUCCCAUUCACUGGCCAGGUUAAACUCCACUCCCUCUUGUUCUACGCACCUCCUACAACCUCCGCCCCAAAGACCAUUAAACUCUUCCGCAAUCGACCGGAUCUCGAUUUCUCCACUGCCUCCGAUCUCCAGGCCACCCAAACACUUACCGUUCCCCAGACACUCACAGGUUCAGAUGCCGAUGCCCUGGAGAUUCCCCUUAACCGAGCUCAGUGGAACACUACGACAUCUGUUACUUUAUUUUUCGAAGAUAACUGGAGUGGGGGAGACGAGGAGGUCACAAAGGUAGGGUAUAUCGGCUUUAAAGGGCAUUAUAUGGCUCUCAUCAGAGAACCGGUUACGGUGUUGUAUGAGGCAGCGGCCAACCCGAAAGAUCAUGUUAUUAUACAAGGUGUAGGCGAAGGGGUUGGAAGGACGAUUGGACAGUAGGACGGGUUCCGUGGUGUAGAUACUGGAAGAUAUGAUAGAUCUCUAUUAUUCUAUUAGUUUAGCUUCCCUCUACCUUAGCGAAAUGAUAAUAAUGA